UUUGUGUUUAAUGGCCAGUCGUAUAGCGUCAGGACAACGGUGACGAUAAACCUGUUUCCAAAGCCCGUGUUCAGCUACAUUUCAUAGGUUUCCCGCGGCAGGUUAACAAACGGCUAACGGAAUGGCACGAGGAAGCCGCAGACCCUCUCCAGCAGCAAGCCACCCAAACCCCUCUCACUCCUCUGCCCCAGCUCACUCCACGCCUGCAGCCCUGCCACCUGCCCCAGUCCAGCCCAAAGAGCCAGGCCUCAUGGUGCAGAUGGCCAGCACGGCAGCCGGUGUGGCCGCCGGCUCCACCGUGGGGCAUGUGCUAGGCCAUGCCAUCACUGGGGCUCUCAGUGAAGGUAGCACCAGCACCCCUGAGUCACCCAAACCUGCAUAUCAGGAAGCUUCCACAGACCCCUGCCUCUACCAGGUGAGGCAGUUCCUGGACUGCGCUACCACCCAGAAUGACCUCCACCUGUGUGAGAGCUUCAAUGAAGCCCUCAAGCAGUGCAAGUACUCAAAUGCUGAAUAG